AUGCGUACUGAUCCCCAAUCAACCGCUUUGGCUCCCACUUCAGAAGAUCCCUCUGGAUAUGCCACCGAUCAAAGUACAAAUGGACCUCGUCGCUCAAGCCGUGUGACCACCCCAGUGCAGUCACGAACCCUUGUAUCCACUCCUGCAGAUUCCCGACGUAGUUUGGUAGCCGCUCCAAAUGCCAGUGCCAACAAGCGUCGCCGACAAGUGACGGCUUCUCCUCAAGAUUCAGUAGUCGCCAGCUCCCAGGGAACGCUAAACAAUCAAAUCAAACAACCACCAAUCAAUAAACAAAAGAAAAACACACAAAUCGAACAAAAGAAAACACCAAAAAGGCCAGCCAAGGUGCCAAAGCGACCAACAUACCUUCCAUCAAGAAAUUCAACCCAAGGCAAUUCUCAGCCUCCUGGAUCAGCAAUUCUGCCGAGUAAAGUUACCCAAACUACCAACAGCCUAGCAUCACAAGGGGACAAAGACGACUAUGACUACGACCAGGAUUCGGAUGUUGAAAUACACGCAAUCAAUUCCAAAGCUCGAGUCCGAGGUCACACAAAUGCAGAAAAAUCAGAUGAUGAAGAGGACAACUACUCAUUUGUUGAUGACUUUUUUGAACCUCCAUUCUGGAAAGAAGGGGAUGUCCCUGGAACGUUGUUGAAUUACAAGUGCAAAUGGUGUCAUGUCACCUAUCGAAUCCACGGAACUUCCCGGGCAAACUUAAAAACUCAUCGUGAUGGAUCCGCUCAACUUUGUAAAAACAACAAAGGAUGCAAGCAGCGAGCGAAGGCCAAAAAAGAAGGCCACCGAUUACCCGAAAGUGUUGCAGAGCAGCAGGCUAGAAAGGCGAAAGAAAUCGAAAAGUCAAAACAGACCACACUCAAUGGGUUCUUAUCAGCCAAGAAGUUUGAACGACGAGUCCUGAACCAGAUCAUAGUUGCAUGGCAAGUACGGCAAGCACUUCCUUGGUCCCGCAUUGAAGAUCCCUACCUACGAGCCGCCUUUCUCUAUGCAAAUAAGGAUGCCCGUUUAUAUUCUCGAAAAUGGGCUGCUGAUGAGGCCAAACAAUUAUAUGUUGGCCUUCGAAAACAAGUGUUUGAUUCUUUGAAAAAUCUUGACACCACUUUUACGCUCAUCCAUGACGUUUGGACGACUAAAGGAAAUCGAUUUGCCUUCAUUGGUGCGGCAGUAACCUUCAUCAACUCCAAUUGGGAGUUUAUUGUGAGGCACAUGUCACUCAAAAUGAUUCCCUGGAAGCACAGGGGAGAGCUCUUGGCACGACCAAUUGCCAACCUCCUCACAAAAAAUAAUCUACACCAAAAGAUGAGUUAUCAAUUUAUCUUGUGGUUAUGGGCAACUGGUACUAAUUUACAUAUCCUCAUUUACAUGCUAGCCCAAACCACAGAUUCUGGAUCGAACAACAAUACCAUGGCCAAGAAAAUGUACGAGAUAUUCGAAUUGUCUGGAAAUUUGACUACCAGUUGGGAUCCGGAAUCGAUGCACAUACGGUGCUUUUGCCAUAAGCUUGCUUUAAUCGUGAACGCAGGCCUACAGGCUUUGGCUCUCAAGACCUUGCCUCCCGGUAAAACCAAACAUUCUGUGUUGGGUUUUUUUCCAGUUCUGGGAAAGUUGGCUGAAUUGCCUGAAGAAGACGAAAACAAUGAUCCAGGCAGUGAUGUGCAGGAGAUCACUGUUGCCAGCCAACCUGAAGAAAAUCCUGAUGAAAUCGAAGACGAACAAGAAAGUGAUUAUGGUAACGCAGAUGAUGAAGAAUCUAGUGAAGGGACCGAAUCGGAUGACGAUCCAGAUGCUGAGCCUAGAAAAGGUGAAAAGUCUGGUGAAGGUCAGAUGGCCAAAGAUAAACAUUCCAGAUCUGCAAAGCUGCGUGAUUUAACUCUUCAGCUUGACACUGUCAUCAGGCAAAUUACUCGAUCCUCAGCUACACGGGGUCUCUUCCAACAAACUGCUGAUGCACUCGGAAUUAGAUGUUCACCAUUGAUUGCUGGCUAUGGCAUACGAUGGAACAUCAAGUAUGAGAGUCACAAGAGGGCUAUAUUAGCUCGAGAGGUCAUUGACAAAAUCUUGAAGGAUGAUCAAGAGAGUGUCGAGAAAUCCCGACGAAAAUCGAGGAACAAGAACAACUCAGCCACCGAUCCUAACAUUGGAAUCUUCAAUGAUGUUUCUUUUUCCCCUGUUGACUGGCAAGAUAUUGAGGAACUUAACUCUGAGCUCGAGGUUUUUGUGAAGCUCACCGAAGACAUGGAGGGUGAUCAUCCAUCUGGUGCGCAUGUCAUCCCCAAGUACUUGGAGCUGAAGGAGGACCUUGAAGAGAAAACAAAUGCGGCCGCAGAGAGUGAUGCACUUUAUCCAAUGUAUUGUGCAAUGUUGAAACGUGUCGAAAAGUAUCUUGAAGAAGCGAUGGCUUGUGAUUCACUUGUUCUUGCCACAAUUCUCCAUCCUUGCUACAGAAUUUCUCUUUUUACUCUUGUUUAUGGUCAAGAUAGCGUUGAAGUGGAUCGGUGUAACAAAUUAAUUCAAGAAGAGUUUACUCGCAUCAAGGAAACGGUUUCAACACAAGCUACCAGCCUCCAAACAAAACCAACAACUAGCACCAAUUCAAAAGACUCCACCAGCGGCAGCACCGACCCGAAAGGACUAAUGGCGCGCCUGGCAUCACUCAAUAAAAAGACCCCAUCAGCCCAAGAACAUGAACUUCAGUUAUAUCUAUCUGCCAAUCUGAUGUUUAAGCCCGAGGACAUUGCACAUCAUGGAUUUGCUCUGCGAUGGUGGAAGCUACCUGGCCACCUCAGCAAGUUCUUGCUCCGUGGAGCGACUCUUCUCAGCAGCAUCCGAUGUUUGCAACAACAGCCGCGGUAG